CCCUAACAACUUCUGGGAUUUAAAGGCGUGUGCCACUACUCCUAGCCUGAUUACAAAUUGAAGUGGUUAAACAUACUAGCGAAAUUAAUUUUCGUAAUUAAUUUAGUAAACAUGGCAAGUGGAAAAUUUAAGUUGCACACUGUGGUUAGCAAUAUAUUUGUACUAGAGAAAACUGGUUUAGAUUAAAGCACCUCAUGAAAACUACUCACAGGCUUCAAAAAGCAAAAAAAAAAAAAACUUUCAAAUUUCUAUUCUAUGUUCAUUCCCUUGUGUUUCAUUUUUCCCUGUUGACCAAUGUUCCUAAAACCCUUUUGUUUCGGAGGCUUGCUUUACUGGUCUCAUGAGAGCAAAGCCAGCCCGUGUCCAGAGAGUCGCUAAGGACGUGACUGCCUUGCAAUCCACUAGGGCACUUCUCACUCUGCAUCCCAAGGCUAAACACCUAGGGCUGCUUUUUUUUUUUUUCAUUCUUUCAUCCUUGUUUGUGUGUGUGUGUGUGUGAUUUACUUCCUAUUUUGGUCUCGAAAAUUGAUGGGGCGGGGCACCUGGGAUAAACUUUCCAGAGAAGCCAAGUUUGGCAGAGGAGGAUAGAAAAAGAACGAAUGACAAAUUCUUGAAGGUUACGAGACGAUGGGGAGCUCAACCUCGGGCCUAUCUACUCCAUCGCUAACAGUUCGACAAGAAAGGAAAAUGUCAGGGAAACGGAACCUGAGGUAAAAGGAAAACAGUUCUCAGUUUGAUGAGGAGUUCGCAGAGGGCGAGCACAUGCACAUGCCUGAGUUUAUCUCGGUGUACUGUUGGCCAUAACUGUCCCGGGGGGAACAGACCACCGGUGGGCCGGCAGGCGUUCUUCGACUCCGUCAGAGCAGCUUCGUCGUCGCCCGCGUCCUAGCUCCAACUCUUUCCCAGCUAACCCUGAACCGCCCCGCAGCCGCCAUCUUAUACAUCACUAUCGCGAGACAUCCUCAGCCGUCAAUCCCUGGACUCAUUUUCCUGCGAGUCUCUUUUUCACAGUUCUCGCUGUCGCUGAGGGAAGUAUCGCGAGAGCCGGUUGCCUUGGCUCCCUGUAGCUAUAGCAGCCGCGGCGGUUAAGGAUGCGACCGCGGGAGCGCUCUCUGGCACAGCUGGGUAUUCUGGUCUCAGAAGAAAAGAGAAGAGACUUUCUGAAGAUCUGGUAGAGAGGACAGAAGAAUUUGGAGCUUAUUUCAAAGGUGCAGCAAAGAACAUCAGCAAAAUCCUACUGAGAAUUUAGACAAACUUCUUGGCUGUGUGGUAUCUGUUCAGUUGUUUAGAGAGCUUGGGUUUGAUAGAGGAGGAUGAGCCAAGGCACUGAGAAGAGGGCGAAGAGGAGUGUGUUGGGUUCCUGCCUUUCCUCCCAGCUGGAGAAGUCUUCAGUCCACGAGAAGCCUUAGAAAGAAGGCUGAAGAGCUUGUCUUACUUAGCUGGGUCCCUCAUACUGUUGAGUUGAGGACAUCCAUCUUUUCACCAGGACUUUGGGAAGCAGUUUCAGAAGCAUAGAAGGAAGCAAUACUUAAGGACUUCUCAGCAUUAGUCAUAUGCUAAGUUACAUUUUGAACACUGGAGCAAGUGAAAGACAACUUUGUCACCUGGAUCUAAAGGAAACUCAAAUUCUGUGAGCUUACAUAUGUGAUGCUCGGGAGAUACAAAAUCAGUCUUCCAAUAUAAACAAUAUAAGCAAACUUCUGGAUUCUUUUCUUUUGAGGACUUCAGCAGGCACAAGUUUCCUGCCAAGAUUUAAAGCCUUCCCCCCCCCCCUUCCUUCCUUCUUGGUUAUUUUUUUUUAUGUUAAUACUUUUGGGACUAAUGUGAAUAAUAAUGUCUUGGAAAAGAAAUUACUUUUCUGGAAGCUGUGGUAGUGUUCAAGGGAUGUUUGCACCUCGAAGCUCAAUGUCUAUUGCCCCCAGCAAAGGUCUCAGCAAUGAGCCAGGGCAGAACAGCUGCUUCCUCAACAGCGCCCUGCAGGUUUUGUGGCACUUGGACAUCUUCCGCCGUAGCUUUAGGCAGCUUACAACUCACAAAUGCAUGGGCGACUCCUGCAUCUUCUGUGCUCUCAAGGGCAUUUUUAACCAGUUUCAAUGUAGCAGUGAAAAAGUGCUUCCCUCUGACACUCUCCGCAGUGCUCUGGCAAAGACUUUCCAGGAUGAGCAGCGCUUCCAGCUGGGAAUCAUGGACGAUGCUGCAGAGUGCUUUGAAAAUCUGCUGAUGAGAAUUCACUUCCACAUUGCGGAUGAAAGCAAAGAGGACAUAUGUACUGCCCAGCACUGCAUUUCUCACCAGAAAUUCGCAAUGACCUUGUUUGAGCAGUGUGUAUGCACUAGCUGCGGCGCCACCUCUGACCCCCUGCCUUUCAUCCAGAUGGUGCACUACAUUUCCACUACUUCCCUGUGUAACCAGGCUAUUUGUAUGCUGGAAAAACGAGAAAAACCAUCACCAAGUAUGUUUGGUGAGUUGCUUCAGAAUGCCAGCACCAUGGGGGACCUGCGAAACUGUCCGAGCAACUGUGGGGAGAGGAUCCGGAUUCGCCGUGUGUUGAUGAACGCACCACAGAUUAUCACAAUUGGACUGGUUUGGGACUCAGACCAUUCAGACUUGGCAGAGGAUGUCAUCCACAGUCUGGGCACCUGCCUUAAGCUGGGUGAUUUGUUUUUCAGAGUGACAGAUGACCGGGCCAAACAGUCUGAACUAUACUUAGUAGGAAUGAUCUGUUACUAUGGCAAACAUUAUUCUACAUUCUUUUUUCAAACAAAGAUCCGAAAAUGGAUGUAUUUUGAUGAUGCUCAUGUCAAAGAGGAGGUUCUUGCUUUAUGGGUCUUUGUUGCAUCCAUCUCCCUUCUUCAUCUCUGCCGCUGUUCUCUCUCUCCUUACUUUUUCCCGUGUCUCCUCCUUCCUUCAGGAAGGGAGCCUUCCAUCUCAAGUGACACUCGAACAGAUUCUUCAACGGAGAGCUAUCCCUACAAACAUUCUCACCAUGAGUCUGUGGUCAGUCACUUCUCUUCUGAUUCUCAGGGGACAGUCAUCUAUAAUGUGGAGAAUGAUUCCAUGUCUCAGAGCAGUCGGGACACAGGCCACCUAACUGAUAGUGAAUGUAAUCAGAAGCAAACAUGGAAGAAAGGGUCUCUGGUAGAGCGCAAGAGGAGCUCUGGCCGUGCUAGGAGGAAAGGUGAUGAAGCCCAGGCCUCAGGCUAUCACAGUGAAGGAGAAACACUGAAAGAGAAGCAGGCUCCUAGGAAUGCCUCCAAAUCCAGCAGCACCAGCAGGCUAAAGGAUUUCAAAGAGACAGUUAGCAAUAUGAUCUACAGCAGGCCUUCCUUGGCUUCUCAGACCAAUGUGGGAUCUCCUGGUGCAGGGAGGGCAGGUGACCAGCCAGACAAGACACUACCAAGGAACUUGCCUUUAUGCUCUCGGGAUUGGGAAACUGAGAGUACCAGUAGUGAAGUGAAAUCCAGUUCUUCCAGCAAGUACCGCCCAACAUGGAGACCCAAACGAGAGUCUCUGAAUAUUGACAGCAUUUUUAGUAAGGACAAAAGGAAACAUUGUGGCUAUACCCAACUUAGGACCUUUUCUGAAGAUUCAGCUAAGGAACAGACACCAGAUGAAAUAAGCAAGCCACUUGCUUACGACAUUAAAGCUGGUGGACCAAGCUCACAGCAUAAACCUUGGGGCGCAGCCCGGCCAGGUUCUCAUCUUUUAGAGCAACAUCCACGCCUGAUCCAGCGGAUGGAAUCUGGCUAUGAGAGCAGCGAGAGGAACAGCAACAGCCCUGUGAGCUUGGAUGUGGCCCCUCCUGAGACUGUGAAUGUCUACAGGGAUCAAAGCACAAAGAGACCAGGGUUUGUUCCUUCUUGGCGUCAUAUCCCGAAGUCUCACAGCAGUAGCAUCCUGGAGGUAGACUCCACAGCAUCCAUGACCGGCUGGACAAAGACUCAGCCCCUCUCAGGUGGGGAGAUCACCUCUAAAAGUGAGCUGGAUGAACUACAGGAAGAAGUGGCCAGGCGGGCCCAGGAACAGGAGCUUCGAAAGAAGCGGGAGAAGGAAUUAGAGGCUGCUAAAGGGUUUAACCCUCAUCCCAGCCGAUACAUGGACUUGGAUGAACUGCAGAAUCAGGGGAGGAGUGACGGUUUUGAAAGGUCCUUGCAAGAGGCAAAUUCAGUAUUUGAAGAGUCCCUGCAUCUGGAACAAAAGGGAGACUGUGCUGCAGCUUUGGCUCUCUGUAACGAAGCUAUCUCUAAACUAAGACUUACCCUGCAUGGUGCCAGCUCUAGCACGCACAGCAGAGCACUAGUCGAUAAGAAGUUGCAAAUCAGUAUUCGAAAAGCACGAAGCCUGCAGGAUCGCAUGCAGCAGCAACCAUCAUCGCAGCAGCCGGUGCAGCCCUCAGCCUCUCUCCCACCACAGGGGGGUGCCGUCCCUCAGCUUACAAGUGAACAGCCUGUCCCGCUCCAAUUAUUGUUAAGCCAGGAGGCACAGUUAGAACCCUGCAGAGAUACAACAUUUGGGGCCAGUUCUUCUUUCUUCGACUCCCCUGAUUCCUACCCUGAGCCACACUUGUCACUCACCCCAGAGCCACCUGCUGCUUCUGUGCCACAGCACAAUUCCCCUAGUAGAUCUUUGCCGCUUCUGCCGCCUUUUGAGGUGGACAGGAUUAAUCCCUCUGCGUUCCACAGGCAAGAUUUACCUAAAACAGCCCGUAGAAUUGAGAUGAAUUCUCAGCAGGAUUGCCUGCCAUUGGAUGUCCUUGAAGAUAAGCUACAAGGCCACAGAGAGAACAACAGCAGCUGCAGGAAAUUCCCACCACAAGAAGGAAGGGGCAUAGUUCAAGAUUUGCUGUUUGAAGAAAAGAAGAAUUCUGUUGACAUAUCCAUGGUGAUGCCUUGGUCACAUUCAACAGGAGAAGUCACUAAUAGUCCUUCAGGUUCAUCAGCUCUGCCUACUAUUCCUCCUUCUAGGGCCUGCUAUCCCAUAAUGUCUCCUGCUUCUUCACCUGAGCUUCAUGCUAUUGAACCCAUGCAGAAACUUAACCAACAUCUUCAAGCCCAAAGUCUCCAAACUUCAUUGACUUCAAAAUUAGUCAGAGGCAGUGAGGAACCCUCUAGGCCAGAGUUCCCCAGUACAAAAGGACUUGUCCGCUCAUUGGCAGAGCAGUUCCAGAAGAUGCAGAAUACCUCUAUGAGGGAUGUUACAGGUUCCCAGGAUCGAAGCUUGCCAAAUGGUCUAAGGAAGAACUCUUCUUCUGACUUUAUGUCUCCGUUACCCCAGGCUUCAGGAAAAGACCACUGUCACUGGGUAAAACAGCAGCCUUCUCUUGAUAGCAGGAAAAGACUGCCCUCCUGGGAAGAUCCUGCUGAUCAUCCUCUUGCCAUGGACUCUGGGCUUCCCAGUGGGGAAACCCCUGGAAGAGAACAGCCCAGGUUGGCUGAGCCAAAUAUAUACCAAGGAAAGCUAUCCCAAGUGAUAGAUAGUAAUUCUAAGGAGCUGGGUAGCAGUGUCAACUUGGGGAUUUCUGUGCCUUUGGAUUCCUGGGUAAAUGUCACAAGGCUCUGUGAUUCUCAGGUUAAACACAGGGGCUCUGGGCCAGGAGUCGCAUCUUCCCAUGAUACCCAUACAUGUGUAACCUACCCAGAGAGAAAUCACAUCCUUUUGCAUCCACACUGGAACCAAGACACAGAGCAAGAGACCUCUGAAUUGGAGUCCCUCUACCAAGCCAGUCUUCAGGCCUCUCGAACUGGCUGUUCUGAAUGGAGGUCACAGGCUGUGGCUUGGCAGCCACUUAACCAAACAGGCUUUGCAGAUAGCUCGGGGAGUAGACUGCACUCAGCCCCUGGUCUUGAUCUCUCACGGACUCCAGCAGCAGAAAUGGAGAACGUUCUUCAUGGACCAAGCACAGCGCCUGUCUCCCAGGAUUCAUCAAACGUGAGGAAAAAGACUUUGGAAACCGGGCACCAUUGUUCCAGCUCCUCCUCCCUCCCUGUCAUCCAUGACCCUCCUGUAUUGCUCCUUGAUCCUAAACUCUACCCUCCCCAACCACAGUUCCUGUCCCCUGAUGUUCUGAUGCCCUCAGGAACUUCGAGGAGUGUCCAACAGUUUCUGGCUAUGUGUGACAGGGAUGAAACUCCCCAAGGGGUCAAGUACACAGGAAGGACUUUGAACUACCGAAGUCUACCCCAUCGUUCCAGAACCGAUGCUUCCUGGGGACUAGGGCCAGAGACCAACCAGCAUUUUGGGAUCAGUGUUCUAACUAGGCCAGCAUGCAAGCCUCAGCUAAGCUACACUGCCACACUACGAGAACGAAGCCAGGGCCUUCAGGUUCCUCAUGCUCAGUCCUGGGGGAAUCUUUUCCCUUCACCCUCGCAUCUUCCUGCUGGUCACCCAGUGUCCCCACCCAACAGUCUUCAUUCACCCCUUAGGUCAGCUUGGGAUUCAGGUCCUGUUCUGGGGUCCCAGACAGCUGGCCCUCGAAGAAUAGAUAUGCCCCCAGAUAAUGACUGGAGACAGGACAGUUACCCCUCCCAGCAUAGGCAUAGGAGGAAUGAAGAGGAGAGAAUUAUGUUUAUUCUAUCAAAUUCCCCUGGAAGAGAACAGGACAGGGUGAGAUUUUUACAGCACAGCAGGUGGUAAGGAUAACCUCUAACCUUUCCUGGAGCCAUACCUUUCUCUAAAACUGUGCCAUGGCAGAGUCGAUACCUUGUGUCCUGCCAGUUAGGCUAUAAUCAUCUCAACAUAAAAUUGGCAGCCAUAUGCCUGUAAUCCUAACAGUUUGGAGGUAGAGGCAGGUGAAGCAGCAGUUCAAGGACUUUGGACUCUUACCAAACAGAACCACCACAACAAAAGAAUUGUUUGUUUUUCCUAAGGGUGUUUGCUUCUUUGAGGGAGAAUAUUUGAAAUUCCAGCUUUAGAACUGGGGCUGUAGCUCAGUUGGUAGAGUGUUUUCCUAACAUGCACAAAGCCCAGGUUUAGAGCCUUAGCAUCAUGCAAUACUGGUCAUGGGGGUGCACACCUAUAAUUCUAGCACUUGGGAGGUGGAGGCAGGAAGAUCAGAAGUUCAGGUUCAUCCUUGGCUAUGUAGCAAGUUCUAGGCUAGUUGGCUUCAUAAGACCCUAUGGGGGGGGGGACAAAAAGGAAAACUCAAACUUUGGCUCCUCUAACAAAAGGAAGCAACUAAUGCUUAGGGCUAUAUUUGAGCCAUUUUAAAAUUGAAUCUAUUUUAUUACUCUGGACACUAGCUAUUCCUUAAUAUUUAAAGACAUUAUUUUAUUCUUGGUUAAGUUUAGGUCCCCAUCUCCAGCUGAGUCCUCAUCUUUUGGUCCCUACUAUAUUCCCCACUUAAACUACUUAGUUAUUACCUGGACUCUCCCUGGAGUCACGAGUCUCACCGCAGCCUAAUGGGAAGCUCAACUGCCAGGAGUUAUGGCUGUCAGCCUUCCUUGUGACUCAGACCUAGGCCUAGAAUGUGGAGCUGCCAACAGAGUAUUUGCCCUUCUGAAGAGAUGGAGUUGGGCAUACUAACACACCCUCCUAUCCUCAGCAGCAAUGCCAUUACUGCCACUCCCUCCAUCCCUGUUGUAAACUCUCAGAGUCAGUUAAACUAUUUUAGGGCAAAGCAUACUGUUUUUUGUAAAGUAUUUUUCAUUAAUAAAUCUAUAAGAUAGUUCUAUUUAA